UCUGUCGUACUCGCCCCUCGCGCACACCGCUCAAGCUCCAGUGCUCUUCCCCUCCUUCCCUCUCCAGUUACUGCCGCACAGCCAUGGCGGACAGCGCGAGCGAGAGCGACACUGACGGAGCGGGGAGCAGCUCGGCCACCCCGAUGUCCUCCUCCGCUUCAAAUUCUGGGAAACCAAGUAUAGUCAUUUCACAGUUUCGCUUGGAGGAGCUAACGAACCGUCUUGCAUCGUUACAACAAGAGAACAAAGUUCUGAAAAUCGAGCUGGAGACGUUUAAACUAAAGUGUAAAGCCCUGCAGGAGGAGAAUCGGGACCUCCGCAAAGCUAGCGUCACCAUUCAAGCAAGAGCAGAGCAGGAGGAAGAAUUCAUCAGCAACACCUUGUUCAAGAAGAUCCAAGCUCUCCAGAAGGAGAAAGAGACCUUGGCAGUCAACUAUGAAAAGGAGGAAGAAUUUCUCACAAAUGAACUGUCAAGGAAACUUAUGCAACUUCAACAUGAGAAGGCGGAGUUGGAGCAGCAUUUGGAGCAAGAACAGGAGUUUCAGGUCAACAAGUUAAUGAAGAAGAUCAAGAAGAUGGAGAACGAAACCAUCUCAAAGCAGCUGACUCUGGAACAGUUGAGGAGGGAGAAGAUUGACCUUGAGAACACGUUAGAGCAAGAACAAGAAGCACUUGUCAACAGGCUAUGGAAGCGGAUGGACAAACUGGAGGCGGAGAAAAGAAUCCUUCAAGAGAAGUUGGACCAGCCUGUAUCAGCUCCUCCUUCUCCUCGAGAUGUUUCCAUGGAAAUAGACUCACCAGAGAACAUGAUGCGGCAUAUCCGCUUCCUGAAGAAUGAGGUGGAAAGACUCAAGAAAAGUCUGCGUACCACUGAGUUGCAGCACACUGAGAAGCGGGCCCAGUACAUAGAAGAGGAGCGGCAGAUGCGGGAGGAGAACAUUCGGUUGCAAAGAAAGCUUCAGAGAGAGAUGGAGCGCAGGGAGGCUCUAUGCAGGCAACUGUCUGAGAGUGAAUCCAGUCUGGAGAUGGAUGAUGAGAGGUCGUCUGAUCCUCUCAGAUACUUCAAUGAGAUGUCACAAGGUCUGCGAGCGAGGACGGUGUCCAGCCCCAUCCCCUACACCCCCUCCCCCAGCUCGAGUCGACCCAUAUCACCCGGGCUCUCAUAUGGAACACACACAGUAGGCUUCACGCCUCCAGCAACGCUGUCCAGAGCUUCCAUUUCCCACUACAACACCCCCGCCCUGCACAUUCACGGAAGCUCUUCUCAUGCCGUAGCGAGGCCCUCCCCAAGAAGGAGCACCAGUCCUGACAAAUUCAAACGUCCAACACCACCGCCCUCUCCUAACACGCACUCAGGGGCCCAGCAGGUCCAACCUCCACUUCCCCCACCGGCCCAGCCCAUGGUCCAGUCCAUGUCCUCGCCGGCGGCCAUGUCACAUCACGCAGCACCGCAGCAGCAGCCUCCCUCCCAGCCUUAACGCCUCACACGUGCACACCCACACAGUCUCUGUCUCUGCGCAUGACUGCGCAUUGAUUGCCACGAUGCUACCGCUGUAACUUCCAUCUUUUCCAGCUCUGGAAGUGAAGUUCCUUACUCUUAAAGUCCACAAGACGCAGCUUCAGAUGUUUUGGAGGGAAAAGGAAACAAGAAGGCGACUCGGUCUCAGUCACGGUAGCGGCCUGCCAAAUCCACAUGUGGCGUUACUCAUCUACUCUUAAAAGGAAAGGAUGGACUUCAGAAUAAAUGCUUCUGGGAUUUGUAGGAUAAAUACUUGUUCCACCUUCUGUCUUGUACUUGUUCUGUUCUCUGCUUGGGACUCUAGACGGUUGGAGUUGUUGUUGUGGCGCUUCAAAGAUAGCACAAACAGCACAGUUAGUGUGUUCCAUGGUGGUGUUUUAUUAUAGGUUGGAUGUUCGGAUUGAUGGAUGUACAGCUAGAGAAGUGGAUGGAUGGAUUGAUUUUUCUUUUUUUUUUAUGCCUAUAAUAUGACACAUAGCAGUAAAGUCCUCCACUCCAGCUCACCCUUUGUUUUCUAAGCCGUGUCAUUAUGACCAAGUUAAUCGUGGCUUCGACUAGGUCUUUAAAAAAAAGAGUUGUUGUAGAAGGCUGUCGGGAUGUUCUCCAUCGUAGGACACAGUGCAGUUAUUUUAGUUCCUGAAAGCCUUCAAAUAAAGUUAAAGUUAAAAAAAAUAUCCAUGAAGAUUGACACUGGUUCAGAAACCAGAGAUUAAUGUCAACAACUAUAAUCCAAGGUGUUACAGCUUAGUCAUGUACUCAGUCUUCUCUCUGAUCUAUCCAGUGUAUUUCUGAAAGCUUCUAUCAUCCUAAUGGAUAUUUCUCAUCAGAAAAAAAAAGAAAAUCAUAAAUCUCUACACUAAAUAUACAUACAGAUAGAGCAUUCUGAUUGAAUGGUACUGUUGGCUAAAUUUCUAUGUAUGAUUAAAGCUCUUGACAUGACAACACCGGCUUUGUUCGUUUUAUGAGGAAUUGCUACUCAUUUGUAAUCUUGUGAGGAUUUAAAAAUACACCUCCACAAACAUCUGUUAUAGUUUCCCUAAUCGAAAAUCCAUUGAUUUUUAUGCACAUAUUUAUCGGAUUACUGUAUAUUUAGCCUGCUUGUAAUGUCUCAUUGUGGAACUUAUCAUAUCCUUCAUUCUAAUGGUAAUUGAUGGAAAAUGUUUGUGCCUUAAAUAAAUCUGCACCAUCAAAA